UUCAUCCAGCAUGGCCACGCUGUUUGAGGGAUUCACGUUGUGCGGACUUGUACAAACGCCAAGUGCUUCAGAUUCGGCAAUUCAGGGAAUUGAACUGGAUGGAGACAGUGACCAUGUCAUCGUCACCGAUUCUACGAGAGCUGUCACUUUAUACAAGGUUUCAGACCAGAAGCCUCUGGGUAGCUGGACGGUGAAACAGGGACAGUUGUUGACUUGUCCUGCAGUGUUCAACUUUCAGACCAAGGAAUAUGUAGUGGUCUCUGACAACAAGGUCAUCAGAGUUUGGAAAGAAGACGACCUCAAUUUAGACAAAGCAUUUAAAGCAACUGUAUCUGCUGAUUUAUGGAGGGUCCACUCUGCCCCAGGGGGAGAGCCUGUGGUGCUGUUUCAGAGAGGGGCAGUCAGACUCCUGGACUCCCUCCUGUCUGCCCCCCAGCAGCCCAUAGAGGACAUCCUGUCAGUGGAGGAGAAAGAGGUCAUAAGGUGGAGCACCAACAUCGUGGCUGAGAAACAACACUUUGUACUCUUCACGACAGAGCAGAAAGGGGAGCACUUCCUGUAUGUGCAGAGGCUCAACCCCAACACCCUACAGAAGUAUAGACUUGAGAGAGAAGACUCUGGAGCUCCCCCAUUGAGUUUCUCUGCCUCUCUCCGGGACAAACACAUCAACUUGCUCUACCUGUACCCUAACGGCUGUGUGUACCAGAGUGUGGUGGCAGUGCGGGGGCCUGUGGGGCUGGAAGGGGUGCAGGCCCUGCCUCGUAGCCUGCGCCUGAGGCUGCCCGUUGGGGAGGGGGAGCUGGGCGCUGCCUCGGCCGUGGCCCUGGAUGAAGCUCAUGUGGCUGUGGUGGGGAUGCCCCAUCCCUCCGCCAGGACUGGCAAAGAUUUCCUCUGCAUCUGGAAUACUAAUUUCCAGACUCUUCAGGCUGGCAAGGAGAUGGUGGGAAGAAUCUGUGGACAGGUCUGGUGUUAUUUAGGGAAGCUGUUUGUCCCUCAUGGCAAGGCCCUCUCGGUCAUUCCCUACGAGUGUCAGAAGUCCUCCCUGGCCUCGGCCCUGGGGAAACUACGACACCCUGGGAUCGCAGUGUCCAAAUCAUCAGUGGCUAUCCCCUCUUGGAACACCCUACUCCAUGGGGAUCAGCCACAGGGGCCCACCAAAAUAGUGGAUACCAGGAAGAGUAAGCUGAGACGGAAGAGCCAAUCAGCGCCUGCCCUCACAGUGGACCAAGUACUGGAGCUUAUCAAGACUUGUCCAGUGGAGGAGGUCCAGAGGGAGGUGGAGGCCCUGGUCUCCAGAGGCGAUGCCCAGGACCUGCAGCUCUCAGUGGGCCGGCUGGCCUGCCAGCUGGUGGCCCGAAGCCAGGUCGAGACGGCCUUCUACGCUCCCGGGGCCUUGGCACGGCUAGUGCAAACACAGUGCCUUUGCCACAGCAUGUGUCCCGACCUCCUGCUGCUGGCUCUGGAGCACAAGGACUACUUCCUGUGUCAGCUCUGCCUGCAGCUCUUCCCAGACAUCCCUGAGGUGGUCACGUGUGCCUGCCUCAAAACCUUCAUCGGUGUGCCAGACGGCGAUGUGGAGAUGGUGAGCCUGGAGCCGGACAGCGUGUCCUUCAUGGAGGGCCUGGUGGCGGCAGGGGCCCGGGGGGGCCAACAGAACGGCUUCAGCCCCCCUCUGUUUGAGGAGGACAGCUGUGACCCCCACCACCAGCCCAAACCUCCCCAGCACCAGGAUAAGAAGAACCCCACACUGCAGCUGGAGGUCUGCCCCGUGGGUCUACACAAGGCUGUGCUACUUAAUGAGGUCCUGCAGACACCGUACAGUGACAACCUCCUCGUCCCCCACCUGAAGGACCUCAAUGCUCCACAGGUUAUUCUCUUUCUUCAGUACCUCCAGUUCAUCUAUUUGAAAUAUUCCCAAGACGUCUACACACAAACGCCAGUUUUGAGAUCGCCCACAAUGACACAGAUCAUUGACUGGGUGUGCUUGUUGUUGGAUGCUCAUUUCACAGUCUUGGUCAUGGCUCCUGAUGCCAAAGGAUUGCUGUCAAAUCUCCAAAGCUUUGUCAAGUCCCAGGUGAAACUAUUUUCUGAACUGGGGAAGAUCGAGGGCAGCCUUCAAGAGCUCCACAAAAUGAAACCGUCGAAGGACAUCAGCCAGUACUCCAUAGAAGUCAUUGAGCUUUUUUAGACCAUAUUUACAGAUUAUUUCUAAUAAAACUCUGCCAUUGA